GAGCGAUGCAUGCAGUGAAGCAACUUUUACAAUGAAAUCAGAAAAAAUAUUUCUGCUGUUUUUUCUGUUACCAAUUAUAACAGUUGAGACAGGAGUCUUUGACUUUAUCAAUGUGUUUCGGGACAAAGAUGAUUUACGACCUUUUGAUUAUUUGGAGUUUGAGGAUGAUCUGAGGAAGUCCUUAUAUGGGCAGCACAUUGCAGUGGAAUUGAUACUGGAAGCUGUAUUUUGGUUUAUGAAAACUCCAAAUCCAUCAAAACCACUCGUCCUGUCUUUACAUGGAUCAGCAGGAGUGGGAAAAACUUAUGUCACCAAGAUCAUUGCAAGGAAUAUUUAUGAAAUGGGGGAAAAGAGCAAACAUGUCCACACAUUCAUAGCCAAAUAUCACUUCCCAUACCUAGCCAAGAUAAAGAUGUAUAAAGCUCAGCUUAAACAGUGGAUUUAUGGAAAUGUAUCAAGUUUUCCUCGCUCCAUGUUUAUAUUUGAACAAACAGAUUAUAUGAACCCACUUUUGAUUGAAGCCAUAAAACAUUUCCUGGAAUGCACAGCCCAUGUAGAUGGAGUGUCAUUCAGGAAAGCAAUCUUCAUUUUUAUCAGUAAUACAGGUCAGACGGAGAUCAAUAACAUAGCUCUGAAUUUCUGGAGGGAAGGUAAAGGCAGAGAAGAAAUACACAUGAACAGCAAGGGAAUGGAGACUCAAAUUUAUCAAGAUAUCUUCAGCAAUAAAUACAGUGGAUUUUGGCAUUCCUGUCUAAUAGAUGAAAACCUGGUGGAUGAUUAUAUUCCUUUCCUACCUCUGGAACUGAAGCAUGUACGUCAAUGUGUUCUGGCUGAAAUGGCCAAUAUGAACAUCAAUAAAGACCAGUACCCAGAUUUUGCAGACACAGUGGCCAGAAAGAUGUACUUCUUCCCUCCAGAGGAGAAAAUCUUCUCUGUUAAAGGCUGUAAGACAGUCAAAGAGCUGUUAAGGAUGUAUCUUGAUCAAUAGAUGAUAGACUUUUACAGCCCUUGUCUACUGUUGAUUAAUAGAAAGCGAAAGGGCUACUUUCAUGUACCAGAGAAGACAUUCUCAUUUUUUUUAUUUCAUUUUUUAUAGAGUGACUGUAAUUGUGUUUUAUACAAUUUCAGACUGAAGUUGAGGCUGUCUAUUGACAAAUUGUUUAAAUACAUUUUAGCAGCACCACCACCACUUUACUAUUAUUAUUACAUUCUUUAUUAAAAAACCUUCAAAAUUAUAUGUGUUACCUCAAGCAAUCUCCAUCUCCCCUACAACUUACCUGCUCUUUGAAUCAUCUUUAUAUACUCUUCUCAUGUCUCACAAACUCUUUUCAGUACAGUAAAAGGAAACUCUCCACCAUAUUAUCAGGGAUUUAAGUUACAGCAUUGUAAAAACAAUGCAGCAUUUUGGCAAAUCAAAAUAUAUUUUAUGUUACUUUAACUUAAAAAAAAUAUGUUAAACAAUUUCAACUUGAUUUUAUAACAUUUCACAAGCCAAAACUCAAAAUAGUAGGUAGAAUUGAAUUGCAAAACCAAGUUGUUUUAACUUCAUGUUGAAAGCAAUCAUGUUGGCAUAUAACCGUAUUUUCCGGAUAAGUCGCUCUAAAGUCACAUCACACUUGAAGAGGAAACAACAUAUAUAAGUCACACUGGACUAUAAGUUCCAGCACCCGCCAAACUAUGAAAGAAGUGUGACUUAUAGUCCGGAAAAUACGGUAAGAGAUAAUGUAUGUGUGUUAUAUUUUUGUGAGAUUUUGUGAGAAAAGUGUAUAUUUGUUAUUUUUGUUGUCAAAAAUGACAAUCGUUUUGCUAGAUAAGACCCUUAUGCCUCGUUUGGGAUCGUUUAUAGUCCUUUGAAACUCCGUUGAAAAAAACUGUUAAGUGUUGAUUUAAGUGUUAGUUGUUGGUGUCUAUUAAAGUCCAUUAAAAUGAGAAAAAUCCUGCAAUGUUUUCCUCAAAAAACAUAAUUUCUACUCGACUGAACAAAGAAAGACAUCAACAUUUUGGAUGACAUU